AUGGACCUCAGUUUCGAAGAAGGGAUCGACGUCCUCUACGGCACCAACACGUUCCGCAUCUCCCUCGAGACACUGGAGCCGGGACUGGCAUACUAUCUGCCCGCAUACAGCCUGUGCAUGGUCAAGUCACUCGAGCUCGUGCUCGAUCCGCGCGUCCUGGGGAUCAGCCAGCCCGGCAUCCGCGACGCGGUGCCCCGGGCGACGGGCAGAGAAGAGAGACUCCUCGAGGCUCUGUUCCGUUCCAUGGAGCCGGCCCUUCUCGGCCUGCAGAAGCUCUACGUCGGGUUCUGCGGCGGUCUCGGCUUCUGGAAUCAUGACCCCUACAGCACGCCCAAGCAGCGGUACCAGAACUACCGGGCCCACCUCCUGCCCCUGGUGGACGACGCCGCGCGUGCCUUCGGCAGCCGCCUGCGGGAGAUAGAGCUCGGUCUGCCGUUGAGCUCUUUCUGGGCGCACUUCGUCACCGGCUUGGGUGCUGGCGGCAAGUUCCAGGCCCCUAGCUGGCAGCCGGGCCGGUGGCCGCAGGGUGGCUAUCACGCCAGGCAGCGGAUUUGGCGCUCGGUCAGCUCGGCCUCGGAAGGUCAACCUGCCGGGACGGAAGCAGACCUAGGGUACUGGAUCACCGAGACGUGGUCGGAUACACCGGACGGGUGGAUGCUGGACAAUGACAGAUACUGGGAGUGA